AUGUCUUCAAACAACAACAACAACUCUACUUCUUCUUCCAAUAUUAAAAAAAGACUUACAGAAUAUAUUGAUAAACAUUUUGAUACCAAUUAUGUUCGGGAUUGGUCCUCUUCUCAUGUCAUUGCAUGGAUGAAAUUGAUCGGUCUCGAUGCCUUUUCAAAACAAUUUUCAAAAAUUAAAAACUUGAAUGGAGAAUACAUUUAUAAACAUAUAUUACAAUCUGAAGAAUAUACAUUGGCUCAAAACUUUCCAUUCAUAACAAAAUUUGGAUGUCUACGAAAAUUAUAUUUACAAUCUCUGAAAUUACGAAAAAAUUUAUAUCAUUUAGAUCCUGACAUGGUCUUGAUGGAAGUGAGUAGAAAUCCUUCAUUAAUUGGAAAGACAUCACAAACCACUCAAGAGGGUCAACAUUCUCUAAAUGGUAAUAGUGGUGGAAUUGGUGGAAGUCUCUUCACAAGUGUGAGCCGAUCCUUCAAUGAUGAUGAUGAUGACAUUCUCAACAGUAUUGCCACAAGUAGUAGUGUGAGUUCAAGCACAGCAUCUUUUGUGAAUGGUGUUUCCAAUAGCAUGGGUCAAAAUGCAUCUUUUAUAGAAUAUCGUUUACUUCCAAGUAUGGAAAUAGCCAAUUAUUUGAAAAGAAAAAAGAUUUUAACCUCUAAGGAACACUUGUCAAUCAUUACUACACAUUGUAUUGAUGGUGAAGUAUUUUUAAGUAUGACUACUACCAGUGAUUGGAUGUCACUAUUCAUUUAUCAUUAUUCAAAUCAAUAUGUUGGAGGAAAUUUAAAUGAAAAUGAACUUUCCAAAGUGUAUGAUCAGACCUUUCAUCGACAUCCAAGUAUGCCAAAUAUGGAACAGGUGAAUGCAUUGAAGAAUAUUGUAGUGGUACAUGCUUGUAAAUAA